AUGAUUCCAUCACAUACUCAGAAAGAACUGAGGAUAGCAACUGGUGAGGAGAUUCCUUUGAUCCUCAAUGAGAUAGACAAACCAGGGUGUGACUCGUACAUUUUGCGACAAGGGAGUUGCAACAAGUACACAAUUUUUCAAAGGUUGUUGGAAUGGUGUGACAAUCCAGAACUUGUGAGGAAUGUGCCCCUGAUCUUUGUUAGAGAUAUCACACAUAAGGAAGGUGCUUUGAGAUUAGGUGUACUUGUUCAAUUGAAAACUGCUUGA